CAGUUUACUCCCAGAGCUCAUCUGGAAAACAACUCUUUUUUCGGCUAAAAAUUGAAAAGUGUAAAAAUUAACAUAAUAUUAUUUUCGCAAUCCUUUCAGGUUUUCAAAAUUUGUGUUUUUUUUGGCAAAUAGCGAAAUUGAAAAGCGUGAAAUAUGUUGUAAAUUGUAACUCAAAGAAAUUGAGUUUGCUUGAUUGAUAUUUGUGUUUAAUUGUGCAUAAAGGGACGAAAAAUUUUAAAACUGGACGUACAAAAGUUCUGCAAGUGUUUAUCUGCACCUAGAUGUAGAUUAAAAAAAAACACACACACACGAUAAAAACAACAUACCUCAAGCUGUGCGGAGCGUAUCCCAUUGAACGACUUAGCCUCAACAAUGGAACAACCAAGACUUACCAAUAAUCCAAUACUUCACUGACUAUAAUGAUGGAACACGCCAGAUCAACUGAUUGCUGGCCGUGUUCUGGUUGCCUGUUUGAAUCUUAUCAAAACAGAUCCACCAACUAAUACUGAUGCUUAUUAUCGAUGAGUUACUAGAUGUAAGGAUGUAUGCGGAGACAGUUGCCGCAGAUAACAAAAAUAAUUUUUUCUGUAUGCUAAUGGAAAUUUACAUUUUACCAUACAUUUCUUAUCUCUCACAGAUAAGAGUAGUACACGACGGUACCACGCCCCCAGCUUGAGGCCGCUUUGGGGGCGCGCAGUUUGCGUCGAACAUGACCGUGCUGUAUAUGUAGAUAUUCUGCAAUAAAUAUGAAUAUAAUUAUACACUAUAUUUAAGGAACGACAUUAUAUAUAUAUACGUGAUUUGCAUGUAUAUGCGUAUAUGAAAUAUCGAGUGGAUCUGUUUGAUAAUGAAACUAUAAGAAGGAAGCAACAUUGCCAUAUCGAUGAACUUUUCACGACAGUUCAUUAUGUAAGCUUAUAUGGAAUUCCGUUCCGAGCGGUACCACGAAACCCUCUAACCUAUAACCCCCCUCCCCCACAAUCAAAAUCCACCUUUGCUAGGGGCCGCAGCUAGCGUGACCCCCAAUCCCGCCCCCUCACCCCUCCCCUGUACUGAAAAUUCGCGCAGUUUGCGCUCGAACGGAAUUGAAAACAUUGACAUAACUAAGUGCUACAAAAAUAAAUGCCGAUUGAAAAUGAACUGACAUUGUUUUAUUAUAUUAGCAUACAAUUUGUGCUACAUUUCGCAUUUCUUAGCCAAUCCCGAGGAACUGCAUCCACACUUUGCUGAAGGGAUUAAGAACCUUAAACUUCGCAGCGAAUAAAACUUCUUAAAUUUAAACUAAAUUUAGCAUGAAUUAUAUAAUAUUUUCUAUAAUUUGAAAAUUUAUGGCAUUCUUAAAUAAAUUUAUGGCACAAGAUGAAAGCUUUUCACCACUAAAAAGCUCGACGAGCUUACCAAAAAGCCCACUUAGCAUGGCCACCAAACUUGCAAACUUUAAAAAGCUAAGCUUUCAAUCAGAAAAGCUUUAAAUGGUUUUGUACCAAGGUCUAUCACAAAAUGUACCAAACUAGAUAAAGAACAUACAUUCCUAUGGAUUUAUCGUGCGAACAGGAAGUGCAUCCAAAUAAAUUUAUUGAAAUUUUUAAGUAAAGAGUUACGUAGCUUGUACAAGGAAUUAAUAGACCUGCCAAUACUUAUAUAUACUUCGAUCUUCAGCAUGCUCACAGCCAGCUGUUGGCUCGCUCUCAUACGCCUUUCAGGCUUAAUGUAGCUUGGACUUAGUACAUAUUGUCACAGUUGACUGUCUGUCCGUCCUAUGAAUGUAGAUACGAGCCGGCAUUAUCUUGGCCAAGUGUUGCGUUCGUUAACCCGCUCACCGGCAAUCUUGGCAAAAAUGCUUUUGCCCAGCGACCGAUUGCAUCGAUGCGAACACCGCAUAUCGACACGUCGUGGGGGUGCGCAAAUCGGCGAUAAGUCCAGAUGCUUGCCCAGUGGGCCGGUAUAAAGCGCACCGAGGCUGCGGCAGAGAUCAGUGACCAGCUAAGAAUUGGAGACGAUGCAACGGCUAGAUCUCAAAUGGACGGUGAGGAUGGACCAGCUUCUGAUCUGGAGUCAGCUGAUAAGCCUGGCAGUUGUGGGAUCAGCCAACGCCGCCUGGCAGUACAACGAUGAGCAAUAUGCGAAGGCGCAGUAUGACAAGUUCUUUAGGCAUGCCCAUGGGCAGAGUCGGGGCCACGAUCAGCUGGAACCCUUUCAGUAUCAGUAUGUGGACUAUCAGCCAAAGUGCGGAACGGGCGGGCCGCCAGUGUGUGCCACAAAUGGCACCAGCUACUUUUACUUUGAGAACAACUGCAAGCUGGAGGCGGCCAACAUGAAGCUGCUCUUCCAAUACAGCACGGAGCUGGAGCCCACCGAGCUGGAGCGCUGUCUGCCCCAAUGCGACAACAUAAUCUGCAAUAAGACAUACGCGCCCGUCUGUGCGGUGGGUGAGCCAGGAGCCAAGCAGGAUCGGGGCGUGACCUUUGCCAACGAGUGUGAGGCGCAUCGACGCGGUUGCCUCACCAAGCAAACCAUGCGCAUCCUGAGGAAAGGACCCUGUCGAGAUGCCAGGCUCAAGUCCAGGCCAGCCAGCAAGGGCAAAGGCAAGCGCAAGCAUGGCAGGCGACGCACCACAACAACAACCACAACAGCAGCAGCAACAGCAACAACAGCAACAACAGCAGCCACGCCCUCCAACAGGAGGCACAUCUACGUGAGGCUGGCCAAUAAGCGUAGCAGAACCACCAGCACAACCACUAAGAGCACCACCUCAACCACAACGCCGGCGCCCAUGCAGUUCCAUCGAUACAUGAACCUCGGCAAUCCCCACGUUUCCGUCUCGCGUGCCGUCCAUGCUUAUAGCGUCUACAAUAUACCCGAUGUGGGCCUCAACUAUGACGCCAUCAGGGACUCUAGUCUGUCGCUGUAUGUGCCGGGUGUGGGCACCAUUACCGAUACCCCGCCCAGCACCACCAGCACAAGAACCACUACAAUCACACCUGAGCCACAAAGCACAACGAGCACCACAGCCAGACCGAGCACUACAGAGACGGCCAAAACGCGCACCGCACCUAGAGAAGAAUUUAAAUUCUUUUAUGUGCCCUACGGCACCACCUCCACAACCACAGUUAGUUCAGGCAGCAUCAGCGAGGCUCCAGAGGUCGCCAGCACCACGGCCACCAUCGCGGAUUCCAUCGCUGCCCGGUGGCCCGUUGGCCGCACCGCCAGCACCGCCAGCACCACUAAGGGGCUCAAAUUGGGCAUACCCGAUGUGGCUCGCAAUGCGACGGGCUUCAAAGCGAAGGCUGCGACCAGCCCAAAACCUGAAAUACCGAAACCGCAUCCAAAACCAAAUGUACUUAAAAAUUAAAUAAAAUUCGCUUUGACACCAA